CUUUUAUUUAACAGUCAAUUGAGUCCACGGACUAUAAAAUAAAUCAAUCAAGUCCACGAACUAUUGAAAAAUGACCAAAUUAGCACUUCAGCCGGUUGAAUGGAGGUAAUGCCGGUUAAAGCUCACUUGGACGCCCACGUGGGAUAAUUUAUAAUUUUUUGUUUUCUCGUUUGUUUUUUUCCUAUCCUUUUUCUCUCCCUGUUAGCUUCUUCUUCCCCUGGGUUUGCACUUUGCAUUCGACCGGCACAGUUCUUCUGUUCUUCCUUAAUUUCUUUCUUUCAAUUUUUCAUCCAUUCUUUCCGGUUCUCUUUCUUUCAUACAAGGGUACCAAUCGUCGUCGGUCGUAGCACACUUCUUGCAUGAUUUUUGUUCCGCAGCGGCCGGCGCCCAAAACUUCCCCAUCCGCCGCCAAUCACCCACCGCCCACUUCUCUGGCCUCCGCCGCCUGUCGCCCACAACUACAGCUCGAUCUGUGUCGCCGACCGCCCUUCGUCCGCAAAUUCCCCAACCACCUCUGCCCAUCGCCUUCAUCUUCCUCAACCCGCCAACAGCCUCCAACCGCCGUCCGUCUCCCACAUCAUCCCCAACUAUCGUCGCCUUCAGCCCGUCUCCCUCAUCUUUGUCAACCUCAGCCGCCCGCUGCCUUUCAAAAGAAAUAGAGUCUGGAUUUAGGAAGAAACGAAUUUCAGGAGUAGUUUGCGUCGAAGCAGGAGAAGAAAAUGAACGAGUGAAGAAGAAAGAGAGAAUGAAAAAAGAAAAGGAAAAUAAAAUGAAAAAUUAAAAAUAUGAACAGUAAGGAUGUUUUUACUUGGACUGUAAUUUGCUGGUCUGGUCUGGUCUGAUCUGGUCUGGUCUGGUCUGGUAAGGUCUGGUUUCUUUGUAUUUUUAUAACUAUCCAAGUCUGGUCUGGUCUGAACUGGUUUGGUCUGGACUGGUCUGGGGCAAAUUACAGUCCAAGCAAAAACAUCCUAAAAGAGUCCAUUAGACUUCCAUGUAAGCCAGAGAAGGGUUACCGGAUGAUUACCGAGUAAAUAGCCAAUUUGAUGGAUUUUUAACAGUUUGUGGACUUGAUUGAUUCAUUUUAAAGUGCAUGGACUUAAUUGACUUUUUGGUGAAAAUAGAUGGACUUAUUU